AUAAUCCCAAUUCCAUCUUUUACUACAUCCUCCGAUAUCUCAACUUCCCCAGAUCCUCCCCGCAUCAACUUGCUACGCCUCAUUUUCAGCCGAGGCAUCACAAUCACCUGUUUGAAGCAUACAACAUCACUUACAACAAGGUUGCAGAGAUCUAGUUCAAAUGGGGCAAUUGUCUCGUCGUGGAGUGCCAGCUGAGCUGCUUGGUACCCUUGGCGAAAACCAUAGCAAUUAUGAACCAACAGACACAAUGCCAAGCAGUUUAUAGCGUUUAUAACGUUUAUAUAAACUCUCGGUCGUCGGGGCUUUAGUGGAGUUGCGCUGUCGUCACCGUCUUAUCGCUAUCAGACCAUCGACCCACGUCAACGACUUUGACCCUUUCUUCAACACCAACUCUUUCUUUUGCAUAAACAACAAUGCCUCUCCCUCUUUCAAUAACCGCCCCCGCAAUCGCGGCAUCGCUAGCAUACUUCAACGCCCGGUCCUCAACAUGGUACGACCUCUUCCUCCUGCGCUGCGUAACCAUCGCCGCAUCACGAAUGUACUAUCGCGAAUGGACCGACCGCCUCAACCUAUACUACCUCCUCGAAAACAUAGCCACUAAUUCCUCAACCUCUGAUCGCGCAUUACUUAUAUUCGAGGGAAAACGGCUUUCGUAUAAAGAUGUUUACGAACAGGUGCUGAAGUAUGGACAGUGGCUUAAGAACGAGGGUGUCAAGAAAGGUGAUAUUGUUGCGCUCGACUUUCAAAACUCGGAUUCUUAUAUCUUUGUAUGGCUUGGUCUUUGGAGUAUUGGUGCGAAGCCGGCGUUUUUGAACUAUAACCUCUCUGGAGCUUCGCUGGUUCAUUGCUUAAAGGCUGCUACGACGAAGUUGUGCAUCGUGGAUCCUAAUGUCGAGGAGAAUGUUGGACAAGAUGUUCGUGAUCAGCUGAAGGACAUUCGCUUCAUUGUUCAUACUCCUGAAGUUGAAGCGCAAAUCGCUGCGACAGAGGGUGUUCGCGCGCCGGACUCCGAUCGAUCCGAGAAGAGUCUUUCAAGCAUGGCUAUUCUCAUUUAUACCUCUGGAACGACUGGUAUGCCCAAAGCAGCCAUUGUAUCCUGGGGAAAGUUGAUCGUUGCUGGUUCAAUGUCCGAACAACUCCUUGACCGAUCAAAAGGCGACACCAUGUACUCCUCAAUGCCCCUAUAUCACUCCUCCGCGACAAUCUUCUCCUUCAGCGCAACUCUCCUCUCAGGAAGCACCCAAGCCCUAGGCCGCAAAUUCUCAACCAAGACUUUCUGGAAUGAAGUUCGCGACUCAGGCGCAACAUCAAUCCUCUACGUCGGCGAGACUCUGCGGUACUUGCUUGCUGCACCACCACAGCACGAUCCUGAAACAGGCGAAUGUCUCGACAAGAAGCACAAUGUCAAAGUAGCUUUUGGAAACGGGUUAAGACCAGACAUCUGGAACGAAUUCAAAGAACGUUUCGGCGUCGAAGGAAUCUGCGAGUUCUACGCUGCCACAGAAGGAACAUUUGCGACCUUCAACCUCAGCAAAAAUGACUACGCCGCCGGCGCAAUCGGUCGUAAUGGCUGGGUAUACAAUCUAAUCAUGAGCUUCUCCGUCGCUUUGGUAGAGGUGGAUUGGGAAACCGAUCUCCCCAAGCGCAAUCCCAGUACAGGGCGCUGCUAUAAAGCUCGUACCGGCGAACCAGGCGAAAUGCUCUUCCGUCUACCGUCAGGAAACCCAUUUGGUCGCUUCCAAGGCUACUACAACAAUCGCGCAGCUACAGAAGCAAAAGUUCUUCGCGAUGUGUUUAGUAAAGGCGAUACGUGGUUUCGAACAGGCGAUGUAGUCAGAUGGGAUAGCGAUGGACGGAUAUACUUCCACGAUCGUAUAGGCGAUACAUUCCGCUGGAAGGGCGAGAACGUUUCCACCGCCGAAGUAAGCGAUGCACUGUGUAAACAUCCCUCCGUCAAAGAAGCAAACGUCUACGGUGUUUCACUUCCCCAUCACGACGGAAGAGCAGGUUGUGCAGCAGUCCAUUUAUCUUCUGAUCCUACCGCAGAGGUAAUGCUGGAUAUAGCUGCUCAUGUGCGCGCUGAGUUGCCCAAGUACGCGAGACCGCUGUUCUUGAGAACUAUGAGCGAACUUGGCGGUGGACAGAUCACGGGGACUAUGAAGCAGCAGAAACAUGCGCUGCGGGAGGCAGGUGUCGAUCCAACUGGUGAUAAGAGUCUUGGGGAGAUUUAUUGGCUUAAGGGUGAGAGUUAUGUGCCCUUUACGGAGAAAGAUUGGGGAGAGAUUCAGGGUGGAAAGGUGAAGCUGUAAGUUGCAUAUAGAUCGGAUACCCAUUGCAUAGUUCAUUAGCAUGAUUUAAAGUAUCUUUGUACAGAACGAAUCAUAUGAGUGAGAAUCGAAGUUUGGUGAAAUGUUUAACAAA